UGCUGCCCGUUGCCCUCGCGUGGAGUUUCCUUGCCCGCCCGGCCGCGAGGCUGGCUGCGGCGUGCGAGGGUCUUUGUCGGAUGCGUUAAGCGGUUAAGUAUUAAGUUGCGGCGAUAGCGUGAGCUGUUUCUUCUUCGUAACCCACGCACUUUGGCAAGAUCAACAGCUGGCUUCGCGAGGCGGUGUUUGCAGUUUCUUUAUCUGUGGCUAGCAACUCGUCGCUCCAUUUACUUUUUGCUACAGCUAUUGUUGGGACCCAGACAUCCAAAUGCCGUGGCUGGGCUUUGGUGUCAAAGUCAGCGUUGUUCUCGUGAGGAUUUGGAGGACACCUGCUAGAAAAACACGGGCAGUGGAGAACGUUGCAGUCAUGGUACAGUCCCGCCUUGUGUUGCUGCUGCUGCUGGCAGACUAGAGUUUGAAAGAGCGUGAUAUAAAUUGCUGCUGCGCUAUUCAAUGUUUCAAACUGAUCCAAGGAAGUAACGCUCUCCUCUCCGGAGAGGCCAUAAAAUGCAUGUUAUGAAUUGCCUCUCCUUGGUCAAUGAUAAAGAGAAUGGGGCUGUUUCAACUGCAACAGGAUUGAUGAACGAGGAUACGACGACAGCAUCUCCGCUUCCCCAGCCGUCGCUG